AUCCACUUCAUCGGAUACAUGUCGUAGACAUCUGCCGCCUUCCAACGACACUGUGCGGGCGACCCAUAGCAACCUGCGAGAUACCACCACGUAGGUCACUGCUGGCUGACGCACCGCAAAACGGUGAACGCGACAAGACAUCAACCCCGAGCAGCCCCGUCACAGCGCUGAUACAUCAUGUCAGCUGCUUCGGUGCAGUCGCCGAUGAUGUGGUUCCCCCCUAAGGCGACGGAAGGGGUUGACUUGGCGACGCCGGUCAAAUCACUCAUCCAGAAUAGCUAUGGGGAGCAGCCGAGCAACUUCGCAGAUCAGCUGUCUACGCUCAACCGCACUCGACAAGAUGCCUUACAAGGCGCUGGAAGCGACGCUACGGUGCGAGAUUUGCUCUUUAAAUGGUUUCACAUGCUCGAGAUGCUUGAGCUUCGUUUCUCAGAGCUGCGCGUGCAGUUCCCAUGGAAAGACGCCUUCACGUCCAAGUCUAUAUCUCAGUAUAGCUUAGCGUACGAAAAGGCAUGCGUCAUCUUCAACAUCGCUGCCACACUCUCUUCCUUCGCCUCGAGUCAGGUGCGACUGGCGGGCAAUCCAGACGGCAUCAAACGCAGCUACACGUCCUAUCGACAAGCAGCGGGUAUGCUGUCCCACAUCAAUGAUAACUUCCUCCACGCUCCCUCGACCGACAUGAGCAAGGAAGUCAUCAAGUGCCUGACCACAAUCAUGCUCGCGCAGGCCUCAGAAGUUUUUUGGGAGAAGACGGUCGAAGAGAAAAAGGGAUGCAGUCUGAUUGCAAAGAUUGCGAGCCACGUGGCGACCACCUAUCACCAAUCAAUUGAGGACAUGAAGGCAUGGGUUAACCGAGGGGUAUUUGAUCGACAGUGGCUCUCUAUGAUUUCGACAAAGGAGAGGUAUUUCUCUUCUGUGACGCAAUACUACCGGGCACUUGCGGACGAGUCUUCUAGUCAGCUAGGGGCGUGCAUUGUACGCCUGACGAUCGCCGAGCGAGAGGCAAAGGAGGCUGUUGCCCUUGCUUCUGCUUUUCACUCCUCAGCGUCCGGAUACCUUGCAUCCAAGCACCUCCCCGCGGACGCGACCACUUCCUUGACCACCAUCGUCAAGACCCACCUGGCCGUCUGCACAGAGCGCAAAGCACUAGCAGUCAAGGACAACGAUCUGAUCUACCACGACAUCCUCCCCUCCGAGAGCGCACUACCUCCGGUCGAUAAGCUCGUCGCUGCGACGCCCAUGACCAUCCAAGAGGUGUUCGCGACGCCUGAAGUGGAGAAGGUCGUGUCGCCAGACCUCUUUCAGCGUCUUGUCCCGUUGCAGGUGCACGAGAGCGCCAGUAUGUACUCGGAGGAGAAGGCGAAACUCGCGCGUGCCGAGAGCGAGCGACACGACUUGGCCAAUGGCGAGCUGGAGGCCGCGCUCGAGUACAUGGGCUUGCCGGCUUCCCUGCAGAUUUUCAAGAAUGUUGGGACCGCCGGAGCUAGUGGGCUAGACAGCCUGGCAGAUCCGCCAGCUGAGGUCGUGCAUUGGUCGGAAGAACUGGCCCGCGGUGCUUCUGCAAGCUUAGGGCAAACUGCUGCGGAGGAUUCGAUCGGUAAUGGCGAUUCAGAGGGUGUCGAUUCCGCAUUCGGACGGCUCGAGCAGAUGAGAGCGAAAGCUGCACACGAGAUCGCCAGCGUCUUUGCGCUGCUGGACGACGAGAACCGCGAAUGCGAAAAGGCGCGAGUGCGAUGGGGUCACGAAUGGACGCAGGAGCCCUCCGGCCUGCAGACCAGAGCUGUGAGGGCAGAUCUAAAGGGAAAUCGCGAUGCGCUGGCCGCGGCCUGUGCAAACGACGAGCGGAUCCGAGAUCUGUGGAACAACACCAAAGGCGAUGUGCAGCUGCUGGCGCGUGGACGACCCGCGCUAGAGCAAGCUUUCGCAGAGGCUGUAUCGAGCUCAGCUGCAGGUUGCGUCAAAUCUGGAGGCGCCUCCUUGCUGGACUUGAACGAGGAGGAAGACAGCCUGGACGACCGCCAAGCGAAUGCGAUGAAGACGCUUGUGACAGACAUUGACGCGCUGGUCCUUAAGCUGAACAAGAUCAAGCGCGAGCGCGCAUCCACGCUGCACGACAUGAAGGAGAAGAUCCAGGAGGAUGACAUCUCGCAGAUUCUCGUGCUCAACCGUCGCAACGCGAAUAUCGCGCCGACUAUCUUUGCGCAGGAGCUGGAAAAGUUCAAGGCGUAUCAGAGCCGCAUUGCGCUAUGCAACGAUCAGCAGCAGCAGGUGAUUGUCGAGGUUACGCAGAAGUGGAAGCAGCUGACGGAGGGAAAGGAGGCGAAAGAGAUGCAAAAGCGCUACGCGCAAGCGGAAGCUGCUCGGCGGCGGCUCGUCGAGCGGCUGCGGCAGUCGCGUGAUUCGAGUGUAGAGGUCCGAGGCGCCGUCUUAAAAGGCUUGGCGUUCUACAGCGAUCUUCUCGACAUUGUCGGCGCGCUUCGCCACAAUGCCGAGAUCUUUGUCGCAGAGCGCAAAAGCGAGCGCGAGCGUCUCGUCUCCGAGCGCGAAUGGGACGACAAGCUCAAGCCAGGAGGCGACGAUGGACAAGCACUUUCUGCUUUCGGUAAUCGUUCCCCGUCGUCGCCUGCUUCGCCAAGCUCGCCAUACGAGGCACCUAGCUCACUGAGCAGCGCCAUGGCGUCGCUAUCGAUGGGCAAUGGGUCAAGCAGAACCAACGGGCCGCCGCCUCCACCUUUGCCGGGUCAGCGGCGCGAACAGCUGAGCAGCCCGCCACCUCCACAGUCGUAUGCGGCGCCACAACCGCUCCCGCAGACUGGCUCAAAUUUGAUGUCGCAGCAAUUUGCGCCGCCAAGCAACUCAUUGCACUAUCCACCGCCACCGCUUUCAACCCAAACGCCAUUACAUCAGCCGUAUCAGUCGCAGACGCCAUACAGCGUUCAACAACCGCUAGUCGCAUAUGGCGCGUCAGGAGCAGGUGCAGGGUUGCCGCCCCCGCCUGCGCACUUCCACAGCAGCUUCCAAGGCGGCGCAUCUCCUCCCACUUCGGCUCCUCGAGGCUCGUCCCAGUACGAGUGGCAAACCCACGAGUCGCAACCAGCCCAACAAGGAUCUGCCACUUAUCCAUACGCAGGGCCGCCGCCGCCUUCGCAAGGCUAUUCUCACCAAUCGCAGCAUCAGCAGGAUGCAUUUGGAGGGCUGCCACCGCCUCCAAUUCCACAACUGCAGCACCAGGGUCUGUACAACAUGCUACCACCACCACCACCACCACCAGCGCCAGGGCAAGGCCAACGCCAAUACCAGACAUGGCAGGGUCCAGCCUUUUGAAAAGUACACCUGUCGGGGGGAUGUAAUGUACAAUAUAAAUGGUGAUGAUUGAUGCGG